GCAGAGUUUGUCAACUAUCAACCCGUCGAAGCGAAGCCUAUUUGAUACUAACUAACUAGUACAAUGGAGCCCACUACUUUGAAUAUGUCAUCCGCAAUGCCCAAUAUCCAUGCCUGGGACUAUCUGGUUGUUACUUCCAUUCUUUCUGCAUUGCUUGCUCUUUGUGCAAGGUUUCUUACAAAUGGGUCAAAAGCCUUUACGAAUAGCGAAGGCUUCAAAGUCAAAGCUUUUAAGGAAGACACGCGCUUCCAAAGAUUCUCUCAUGGUCCCGAAAUUUCCCAAAAGGGAAGUGAAGUAUCUGGAAAUGACCCGUACCUUGUCAAAAAUGGGCGCUUCCAAGAGCUUGUCAUCACGCAGCCGGAACAAUUGCGGGAGUUCUCUCGGAAAGAUGCCAAAGACCAUAUGAAACCGAAGAAUAUGAAUCUCGGAGACUGUUUUGGCCGGCUUCUCGGUAAUUCGGUUGGCGUUCAAGGAGGACGGAAAUGGGCCAUGAUGCGUGCCCAUUUUAACCCAGGAUUCUCCCGCUUGGCCAGCAUGGACAUGGUACCAACAUUCGCUGCAGAGAUCAGGCACUGGGUGGCUGACUUGCCCAAAUGCUCAUCUUGCAACUCACAUGCUGCAAACACCUUUUUUCGGAAUGCAACUCAGGCUUGCCGGUAUUUACCUUUUCGCUUGAUUGCGUUGACUGCCUAUGGCGAGGCCCUUAAUGACGAGACAUACGAAGAAUUACUUCAUCUGAACGACCUUCACGAUACUUUGAUGUUUGAUGCCUUCUUUGGAAAAUGGACAGUCUCCAAACUUUUCAAUAUUCUCCCAACAGAGUCUAGGAAACGAAUGCAGACAUUCCAAAAAGGCUGGAAGAAAUUGAACCACGAUGUCAUUGCAAGAGCGAAGGCUGAAGGGCUUCGCAGCCCAGCUGAACAGAUCUACAAAGGUGUCGAAUUGGGUGAUAUGUCGGAAACCGAGUUCCUGCAAACAAUGGACGAGUUGCUUUUCACCAAUAUCGACGUGACAUCGACCGUAACUGCUUCUCUCCUCAUCAACAUCUCCGAAAAUCAGCCUUUCCAGGCAGCCCUCCGCGAAGAAAUCGCAGCAUCGCAGAGCCAAGAAUCCUAUAAUAUCAAAGAUUACAUUGCCAAAAAGGAUACGCUUCUUCAUUAUGCUGUCAUGGAAUCCAUCCGAAUGUGUCCUGCACUCUGGUUCUCUCUACCUGAAAAGACAGCAAUUGACAAGGUAAUCGAAGGAUAUUAUGUCCCAGCAGGGACAACGAUUAUCAUUGACUGGAAACGCCUGAACACUACGCCUGCCAUUUGGGGUUCUGAUAGUGAGCUCUUCCGUCCUGAGCGGUUUGCUAGCAUGUCGCCUAUGUCGUAUCGCUAUGCAUUUCUCCGCUUUGGAUUUGGACGUGAGCGAUGUCUGGGCAAGAACAUUGCAGAAAUUAUGCUGAAACUUGUGCUGGUUUCCAUUGUGCAACAAUAUGACAUAAAACCAGGUAAAAAUGAUGGCAUUAGGCAGGACAAGUUUACUGUGACAUCAGAUGGGGAGAUUGGGUUUACGCCAAUUGUACAUGCGUGAAGAAAGAAAAAUAGAUACAGAACCCUAAGGGCAUAUAAUAUUCAUGGUACGGCGAAAGAACCCCUUAAUCUAGCAAGU